UUACUCUCGGAGCAUGGGAGCGGAUAACAGAACCGUCAUUCUUGCGCCGGGGAACGCCGUUUUCAAACUCUCAUUUCAGAAGCCAAAGUCGUCGCCUGCUGAGACUCUUUUGUCAAAAUGAAGACAUCAGGGACCUUCCUGCUCCAAACGUGCGUGACUCUGGUGGUCUCCAUCGCCUCCUGCACCUGCAAGCCCCUCAGUAACAACUCCCAAAGCGAAGAUCUGGAGUGGCUCUACCUGGAGCUGUCGGAGGACGUGUCGGAGGAAGAAGACAAGGAGUCGCAAAUGGAGGACUUUCUGGAAAGCAUGAAGGAAGGUUUCCUGAGGCAACUCAACCUUUCGGACGUUCCACAGGAGGAUCGCAAGAUCUCGCCCUCCCAGUUCAUGGUGGAGCUGUACAACAAGUACUCCUCAAACAGGUCGGCGGUCCCUCAGUUUGAUGUCAUACGAAGCUUCGCCGUCCAAGAUGUCUUGUCAGUCGGCCCAAAGUCGAGGUUCCGGCUGCAGUUCAACGUCAGCAUCCCGAACCACGAACAGAUCAUCACUGCCGAGCUGCAGCUCUUCUUCUUCCCAGAUAUCCGGUCAAAUGUAACGUUCCGGAGUUUCAACGCCGCAGUCAAAGUCUAUGAGGCCGACAACUACACCUCUCCUUCGCGGCCGCUGGACGUCGGGAACCUGUCAGCCUCGCAGAGCACAUGGGCCACGUUCGAUGUGACGGCCGCCAUUCGAAGCCGGAUUGGGUCAGGGCGUGGCGCCACGGCGCUCGAUGUCGCGGUGGACAGGAAGACCUGCGACCGAGCAGAGGAGGGAGCGGGCUGUCUGAACAUGAGCGCGUCUGUCGGAGACGAUUCCGCAGCUGCUUUAAUAGUCUUCUCGGACGACUUCACCAGCAGGAGGACGGAGAGACAGAAGGAGCUCAGAGAGAUGGCCCUCCAUGAGGAAGAUCCUUUCCUUCACACAGGGGCCGACUGGGACAGAGGCCGUCGGGCGCCCCGCGAGGCCCCCCGCGUUCGGCGCCCGAGGCGCACGAAACGGAAGGCGGACGGGGAGUACUGCCGCAGAACGUCGCUCAGGGUCAGCUUCAAAGACAUCGGCUGGAACAGCUGGAUCGUGGCGCCACCGGAGUACGACGCCUUCGAGUGCCGCGGGACGUGUUCCUACCCGCUGACGGACGAGUCCACCCCGUCGAGGCACGCCAUCAUCCAGACGCUGCUGAACCUCCGGGACCCCAAGAAGGCCAACAUGGCCUGCUGCGUGCCCAUAAAACUGGACCCCAUAACGGUCAUGUACAAGGAGAACGGGCGCAUCACUAUCAGAUACCUUUACGAGGAAAUGAAGGUGGCGGAGUGCGGUUGCAGGUAGUGGGAAAAGAGUCGGGAUAAAGCAGGUGGAGGAGGUGAAUCUGUUUGUGUUUUAAACACAGUUUAUGCCAGAGGGGUUAAAGGUCAUGCAGCUGUUGACUUGCGCUUACCCUAAGAGGAAUGUUAAAGUACUUUCUAUCAGCACAAUAGCGUGUAAAGUAGCAUUGAAAUAGUUUAUUGUUUUUGUUUGAAUAUUUUGGAUUUUCUCCACAAAAACAAUCCACAAAUCCUGAACCACAAACAGAUGGGUUUCCACUGUAAAGUCUUCAACACUCCUUUAAUUAAGGGAUUGCACUUUCAGCGUUGGAUUACGUUUGCCAUUACCUUAUUGUUAAAUUCAAAUAAAAGAUUUAUUAUUGGUAAGUAAUUAUUUUUCUAGCAUUUGAAAUGACACCAAAUGGCAGGAGACCAAAAGACAGACACUUUAUGCAUUAAGUAUCUCAGACUUGUCAGUUGUGUAUAACAAUAUCGUCCUCAUCCCUGUUGACAAAGAAGCAUCCCCACAGGAUGAUUAUGCCAGUACCAUGUUUUACUGAGUAGAUGAAGUUUUUCCAGGAUUCUGUGUGUUUUUAGUUUUUAGCCCACACCAUCGAUUCAGGUGGAACGUUGUACAUCUACACUGAUCAGUGUUCACACUUCAGGACUUUCAUCUGGAGCCUGUGCUGCCUCCCUGUCCAUGAUGCCGUUUGUUCUCUAACAAACCACCGAGGCCAGAAACAGAAAUGGAUUUACACUGAGAUUAAAUCACUCACUGGUGGACUCCAUUUAUCAAAUAGGGAGUUUAUGGUGGUCUAUAACAUAAAAAUCUCAAAAUAUAUUCAAGUUUGUGGCUUUGAUGUGUCAAUAUUCAUAUUCAUACCUCUGGGUUUAAUCUGAGGUUGUAGUUAAAAUCUGACAAGAAUCUUUUUUUUUCUUUUAUACCAGCUUCUAGUAGCAAUAAUAUAGUGAAAGGGUAAAUACUGAAUAACUGAUCUUUAGGCAUCAUAACGCCUCAAUUUGUACAUUAACUGGUGAAUAAAAAUGUGUUUAAUAGUAAUAUGUACUAUGUCAAUGACCUGUAAAUAACUGCUUUCAUAUAUUUGAAUAAGUUAUGCUAUACAUGAAUGAUGGAUGCUUGUCUCUAAUCGAUUAUAUCAAUAAAAUUAUACAGUUUUGCUGCAAAAUUCCCCUAAAUUUGUAAUGAGUCUUCAAUCUCAUUUCCUGCUUCUCAUCUCAUGACUUUUA